GGCCAGUCGCCUUUUAUCAUGUCCUUCUCAUUUAGCAGAGACCGUACCGCCGAAAUCAGGGAUUCUUACGACGAAGGCCGGAGAAGCAGUGAUGACUUUGGCCCAGCACGUCAGCCGGCUGGUUAUCGCAGUCCGCCCAUGAGUCCUCAGCGUGCUCCGCAAUCAUACAAUCAGUCUUACGAUUCGCCAAGACAUGCUUCACCAGCCCCGCCACCGCCUCAACAUCAAGGUCGUGAAUACCGCGGCAAUGCUAACAGACAUGAAUCCUAUGAAAUGAACGCUAUGACACCAUCUAAUGAUGUCGACUCAAUGCAGGGAUUUUUUGAUGAGAUUGAAUAUUUGAAGAGAGAAAUCACAACCAUCAACCAAAAUGUCGAUGAUAUCGAAAACCUGCACACUUCGGCCCUUGUAAGCUACAAUGAACAUCAGUGGAAUCAGAUGGCUACCGAUUUAGAAAACCUUAAAUCGGAAACCCAACGACGUAAUCAAGAUAUAAAAAACCGUAUCAAAGGUCUUGAUACCGCCAAUCUUCGACUGCCCAAUGAUUCCAAUGGACAAAUGCGCAGAACUCAGGUGGAUGCCGUGAGAAAACGAUUCAUGGAAACGAUUCAGCGAUACCAGGAUAUCGAACGCUCGUAUCGUCAAAAGUAUCGCCAACGUGUGGAGCGUCAAAUUCGCAUCGUCAAGCCUGAAGCGACGGAGCAAGAAAUCGAUCAAUGGAUUGAUUCGGAUGAUUCGCCCCAGAUAUUUGCACAAUCGUUAAUGCAAACGAGUCGCAGAGGUCAAGCUCGUGCGGUUUUAUCGGAAGUUCAGACUCGCCAUGAUGAUAUCAAGAAGAUUGAAAAGACGAUUGUGGAACUGCAUCAAUUAUUCAUGGAUAUGCAGAUGCUCGUCGAACAACAAGGAGAAGUCAUUACUCAGAUUGAUCAACAUGCAGAGCAAACUCAACAGGAUCUGGAAAAAGGCAAUACAUUCAUUACGAAAGCUAUCAAGAGCGCAAAAGCGACUCGAGCAGAAAAAAUGGUGCUGUUUCUUUAUCGUCAUCAUCCUAUGUGUCGUCAUUGCGAUCCUUGUUUGGUGGUUCGGUUUUAACCACAAGGGUGUGGGCGACAAUCCAUAAAAGAAUGCUAUCUAUUUCCGCUAUAACAUCUAAUUAUCCUACUACUAUUUUCUGAUUUUUAAUUCAUUGCUGCUGUUUGACUGACCCGGUCAUCCUUUUGCGUCAAUGUCUACGAUCUUAUAUUCGAAUGAGGAUUAUCAAAGAUAACUCUUACUGAAGCAUUACCUUGAAAUAAAUGACAAACCAAAAGGUCAAAAAGAA